CCCCCUGCCUCGCCCGCAGCCGCAACCGCGCCGAAGCUGGGCCUGGCUGGGGGACCAUGGGCGCCUCGGCCUCCAAGGCCCGGGCCUCCCGGGUCCCCGCGCCGCAGCCGCAGCCCCAGGAGGGGCUGGACCUGAGCCGGCUGCCGCCUGAGCUGCUCCUGGCCGUGCUGAGCCACGUGCCCCCGCGCGAGCUGCUCAGGCGCUGUCGCUUCGUGUGCCGCGGCUGGAGGACCCUGGUGGACGGCCAGGCCCUGUGGCUGUUGAUCCUGGCCAGGGACCACAGCGCCGCCGGCCGCGCCCUGCUGUCACUAGUCCGCAGCUGCCUACCACCUGCCGGCGACGCCAGGCCCUGCCUUCUCGGCCGCUUCUGCGAGCGCAGACCCAUUGGACGAAACCUCAUCUGCAACCCCUGCGGACAGGAAGGCCUCCGGAAGUGGAUGGUGCAGCAUGGUGGGGAUGGCUGGGUGGUGGAGGAAAACAGGACAACCGUGCCUGGGGCCCCUUCGCAGACCUGCUUUGUGACCUCCUUCAGGUGGUGUCGCAAGAAGCAGGUCUUGGACCUGGAGAAGGAGGGUCUGUGGCCAGAACUGCUGGACAGUGGCAAGAUUGAGAUCUGUGUCUCAGACUGGUGGGGAGCCCGACACGACAGUGGCUGUAAGUAUCGACUCUUUGUCAAACUUCUAGAUGCCAACCAGACUGUCCUAGAUAAAUUCUCUGCCAGGCCUGACCCCAUUGAGCAGUGGAACAACAAUAUCUGCCUUCAGGUCACCCACGUCUUCUCCAACAUCAAGACGGGCAUCCGUUUUGUGUCUUUUGAACACUUGGGGCAGGACACGCAGAUCUGGGCUGGCCACUAUGGAGCCCGUGUGACCAACUCCAGCGUGAUCGUGCGAGUCAGUGAGCCCUAGUCAAGGCGCUUUUCUUGCAAGCCAGCCUGGCUGUGCCUUCCAGGAGCUGGAACCAUUGGCUGGGACCCCUCACUAACCAAGUGCUUAUGCCUCACUGGCAUGCUGGCAACUCCAGUCUUCGAGUUCUGGAAACUAUUGAAAGAAGGGGCUUCCAUUGGAGCCACUGCUGCUGCUGCUUUUUUUUUUUUUUUUUGAUGGGGCAGAGGGGUGCUCCACUUAGCGGAGACCCCCAUUGUGGAUGGGGCAUGCUGGUCCUGGAGAGGGCACCCCGUCACACACACCAGCAGCCCUCGGGCUCAGCCUAACCCGCUCUGCCCUGGCCCCUCAAUUGGCCUCUUGUCUUCUCCUGUUUCUGCGUCAGGGACUUUCCUGGUCCCUUCAGGGAAGCUUCUAUUCACCUUUAAACUUAGAUCUCACCCUAUAGCUACCAAAUUCUAGCCACCCUGCAUAAUGAACUUCACCUCCUGGUCUUAGCUACAGGGCUAGGACCUUGUCUUGAAGCUGAAGAUAACUAGGUCAAAAAAGAAAAAAGAUGUGGAGUUGAAUCUGCCCACAAAGACUGCUCUGAAAAAUGAUGAGAUAUCUCAGGCCCAGCCCUGAUCCUCAAGAACCUCUCUAAUUGCACGAUAUUUAAACAAUAUUUAAAUCAUAUUUUAAAAUAUUUUAUUUUCCUUUUGACAUUUUUUGACAGAAUAAUCUAUCAAUAUC